AUGGGUGCAUUUGCGGAUUACCUAGUGGGCAGCCACGGGAUUUGGACUUAUCAGGAUAUUGAGAUUGUUAAAGUUGUGGCUGAUAAAGUAACAGUUGCGUUAGAUCAUGCAGCGGUUCUUGAAGAGUCUCAUCUCAUGUGGGAGAAGCUAGCGGAUCAGAACAGGGCAUUGCAGAUGGCUAAAAGGGACGCGCUGAGGGCAAGCCAAGCGAGGAACACGUUUCAGAAGACAAUGAGCGAAGGGAUGAGACGUCCGAUGCAUUCGAUACUCGGACUACUGUCGAUGAUUCAGGACGAGAAGUUGAGUGAUGAGCAGAAGGUUAUUGUUGACACGAUGGUGAAAACGGGGAAUGUGAUGUCGAACUUGGUUGGGGACUCGAUGGAUGUGUCUGAUGGUAGAUUUGGGGUCAAGUUCUUGGUUGACGCGGAGAAGUCUUUGCCGGAUAAUGUAGUAGGAGACGAGAAAAGGGUCUUUCAAGUGAUACUUCAUAUGGUUGGUAGUUUAGUAAAGCCUAGAAAACGUCAAGAAAGUUCUUUAUUGAUGUUUAAGGUUUUGAAAGAAAGAAGAAGCUUGGACAGGGGUGAUCAAAGAUGGGCUGCGUGGAGAUCACCGGCCUCUUCAGCAGAUGGAGAUGUGUAUAUAAGAUUUGAAAUGAAUGUAGAGGUUGAUGAUUUGAGUUCUCAAUCUUUUGUUUCUGUUUCAUCAAGAGAUCAAGAUGUUGGUGAUAUGAGAUUCUCCGGUGGCUAUGGGUUAGGACAAGAUCUAAGCUUUGGUGUUUGUAAGAAAGUGGUGCAGACAAUUAGGAAGACCUUCAUAAAAGUCAAGGUCAUUAUGGAAUGCCAUCCUAAAAUUCAAGAAUGUUUUCCUAAAAGCUAUUAA